UUCAAACUUGUCAGAUUGCUGGCGCUUACGUAUUUUAUAUAAAAUAUCGAAAUUUUAUUCAAUAUAUUUAACGGGAAUUCACUCAACACAAAAAAAGAGCAAUUUUCAAAUUGUUAAUAAAGUAGCCAUUGAUAUUUAAUCCGAACGUGCGUAUUUCAGCGAUUUAUUUUUUUUGUUCACACAAUUGCGUCCUUUAUAUAUAAAUAAACAAAUACUUGCUUUUCGAAUAAACGAGACAUGGAAAAGCCCGAAAGUAGACAUGUUAACCGCAACCGAAAACCGCCUAUCGAAACAACAAAUCUUAUUGAUUUUUCCUUUUGCGAUCAUAAAUCAAUAUUUGAAAUUUUGAUAUAUCAUGAUGAUCAUUAUUGUAACAUCAUAGACGAUAAAGCUGACUUUUGGAAAUUUGUUAAUAAAUAUGAGAAUAUGUUAAAAAAUAUUUGUCAGCCUAUAUUGAAAAAUCCUUUAGAGGAUGCUGAAUAUGUUGAAAUAGCACCGUAUCACAAACUAAAAUGCAUACUCAUCAAGUUGCAAGAAGAACCAAAACAAAAAACUCCUAUAGCCAAUGCAUCGCUAACGCCCCUAAGGAUAAAACAAUUUCAAGAGAUUGUUUUAAUUUAUUUGGAUUUUAAACAAAAGGAAAAAUUUAGUAAAAUAAAAAAAUUAAGAAAAACUCAAGUAUCAUUGCCUAUCUGGAAAUUUAAAGAAUCCUUCCAGAAUGCUUUGGAAAAAACACGGGUUUUAAUUUUAGCCGGUGAUACGGGUUGCGGUAAAUCGACUCAAGUUCCUCAAUAUCUAUAUGAAUUCGGUUAUCGCAGCAUCGCUUGCACGCAACCCCGUCGUUUGGCUUGUGUUAGCUUGUCGAAACGCGUGGCCCAUGAAAUGCUAGAUGAUUACGGCUCUAAAGUAGGAUUCCAAAUACGUUUUGAGAAAAAUAAAAAUGCAUAUACAAAUAUUCUAUUUAUAACUGAGGGUCUUUUAUUGCGCCAGUUGGCGAUAGAAGCUAAUCUGGAUCAAUACGAUGUUCUGAUACUCGAUGAAAUUCACGAACGUAAUUUAUUCGGUGAUUUCUUGCUAGGCGUAACAAAGUGUUUAUUGCGAGCUAAGCCUAAACUCAAACUUGUACUUAUGUCGGCCACCAUUAACGUUGAUUUAUUCCACAAUUAUUUCAAAGAUGGCGGGGCUCAAUUAUUGAAAGUGCCUGGUCGUCUGCAUCCAAUAAAAACUGUGUAUAUGCCGCCAGCAGCAUUAAAUUUGCAGGGAACAUCGUCUCGGUCACAGCAAUCAUUAGGACGUUUAGAUCCCGCCCCUUUUGUACAAGUAUUAAAUUUGAUAGAUCAGAAAUAUUCUUCCAAUGAACGGGGAGAUGUUUUAAUAUUUGUAAGCGGUGUUAAUGAGAUAACUACAGCCUGUGAUGCGAUCAAAGAAUAUGCCGAACAGCAACCACAUUGGAUUCUACUACCAUUGCAUAGUAGUUUAUCUUUGGUGGAACAGGAUAAGGUAUUCGAUUAUGCACCUGAGGGCAUGCGUAAAUGCAUUAUUUCAACCAACAUUGCUGAGACUUCGUUAACUGUUGAUGGUAUACGAUUCGUAAUUGAUUCCGGCAAAGUUAAAGAAAUGAGUUAUGAUUCGUCUUGCAAAGGGCAACGUCUUAAAGAAUUCUGGGUUUCGAAAUCAUCAGCUGAACAAAGGAAAGGUCGUGCUGGUCGCACGGGGCCAGGGACCUGCUUCCGUUUAUAUUCGGAGAAACAAUACAAUGCCUUUGAAGCUUAUCCCACGCCAGAGAUAUGUCGUGUACCCCUUGACACUAUACUUUUACAAAUGAUUGCUAUGGGCUUACCAAAUGUAAGACAAUUUCCAUUUAUUGAGUCACCAGAUGAAAAUUAUAUUGAGCAGACUAUACUGAAUUUAAAACAACAUAAUGCUUUAAGUCCAGAUGAAAAAAUUACUUCCUUAGGAAAAUCUUUAUCAAAUCUUCCAGUGGAUAUUUCCAUUGGUAAGAUGCUUCUAUUGGGUUGUGUAUUUCCGGAUAUAGAAAAAAUUUUAACAUUAGCUGCUGUUAUGAGUGUUCAAAAUCCAUUUACAACUCGCGCCUACACGGAUCCAAAAUGUGAACAAGCACGUUCUGAGUUUGAAACCGAUCAAGGCGACGUAUUUGUGCUUCUGAAAGCCUAUCAUGAAUGGUUAGGAUUAAAAUGGAAUAGUGAAAAUACCCGUAAAUGGUGUUACAAAUUAGGUAUCGAAGAACAAAGGUUUUACGAAAUAACUAAACUUCGUAAUCAAUUUCAAAAUAUUUUAGAAAGUUGUAAUAUGACGGCGACGAAAACUACGGAUGUUUUGCUCUCCAGUUCCGACCGAGCACGUCGUCAUGGCGAAGUACGUAUGUUAAAAGCUAUAAAACGUAAACAAAAGUACCAGGAGCCACGGAAACGUAAAAUACUUAAACAACGCAGUGGAUAUGGCACAAAUGAAGAAGACUUGGAAAACGAAGACGAUGAUAUACGUGAUGUUGAUUUUCGUUUAUAUAACAAUUCAGCUAAAUUAGAGAUCCUUUUAAAAUCAUCCAAGGCAGACAAAUUACAUGAUGUGUUAUUAUUGAAGUUAAUCAUAGUAAGCGGAUUCUAUCCGCAAAUAGCCAUAGCAGAUGAUUUCAACUAUUGCAAAGGGGGCGCCCAACAAUUUUUUCAUACAUAUCUUAAACCAUUUUUAUCUAUACAUCCUAAUAGCUAUCUGGCUAAAUAUUUUGAUAUACUUAAAUUAAAUGAUGCCGAUAUAUUGGAAAAACCUUCGUAUUAUACGCCUAAACAGAUAUUAAGUCAAGCGCAUCAAGUGAUCUGUUACCAGAACCUCCUGGAGACCGCUAAACCUUAUUUAAUGAAUUGCACACGAAUGCCAGCCGCCCAAACCUUACUAUUGUUUUCUUAUAGUAUCGAUACCAAUUCUUCCAUUACACGUGUGGUUUGCGAUUCGUGGUUGUGCUUAGAAUUUCCCACACCCGAAACUGGUUGUGAGUUAUUGCGUAGAGCCAUUAAAUUAAGACGUUUGUGGAACCAAUUAUUAAUGCAAAAAUUGGCAGAUCUUGAUCUUCAAAUUGAAAAACAAAAUACUGAUAAAACAGCUAAUCAGUGCAAUGGAACGGAAGAAAGGGACUUAUGGCAUGAUUUAGUGGAUUUUUUGAGUAUUCCUGCGGCGUAUUCUAUUAAACGGUUACUACCGGCCGAUCAGAAAACGUUAUAUACUCAUCGUCCAUUGGGGAUUAAAGAUAAGUUUAAAAGAAAUCCAUUUGCUAAAGAUUACGAAAUAAUACCCAAUGACGAGCGAGGAGGUUUAAAUAUCAGUGAGAAUGUAGUAUACGGUUGUCUUGAAGAACAACAGUGGUGCAUGAAUAUGGACUUAGAACUACGUCAACACAGUUGGUCUUGCAAGUAUUGCAACUUGUCUAUGGAAUAUGACAUCAUUGAGAAGUUAUUACACAAAACAAACUGUAAGAAGCGUUUAAAAGUUGAAAAGGAGGAACAUUCUACAAAAAUGCAGGACAAUUUCAUGAAUUUGAUGACGCAAAAUAAAAACAAAAUAUCAUUUAAAUGUUCGACAUGUGACAAACAGUUCAUCUUAAGUCAAAUUGAGAUCUUAAAACAUAAAAAAAGUCAUCAUAUAUAAUAUAAUGGGAAAUGAUUCGAAAUACGCAAUUCAUAUAUUCAAUAAUUUUUUUAAACUUGUAAAUUAGUUUAAAAUAUGUUCAAUAAAAAUUUGUUC